AUGGCCGACGACCCGACGGAGCAGGCCCCUGUCCCGACAGCAGAGGCGCCAGCCGAGCAGCCCGAGGAAGGGAGCCACAGACUAAGGGGGACAGUCAAGUGGUUCAACGCCACCAAGGGGUUCGGUUUCAUCACACCCUCUGGGGACGACUCUGGCGAGGUCAAGGAGGACCUGUUUGUGCAUCAGACGAGCAUCCAGGUCGAGGGCUUCCGAAGCCUGCGGGAGGGCGAGGAGGUCGAAUACGAUGUGGAGGAGGGCCCAGACGGGCGCACUAAAGCCAUAAAUGUGACGGGCCCGUCGGGCUCGGCCCCCAUGGGCGCUCCCCGGCGGGCGUCUCGCGGCAGCGGAACGCCCGUGGCGGGCGCAGCACCGGGCGGCGGCGGCGGCGCAUUCCGCGGUGGCGGCCGUGGGCGGGGGCCGGGGCCUGCGGGCCCCGCGGCAGGCUACUUCUACCCUCCUGCAGGUUAUGGAUACUACCCCGGCGGCUACUACCCUGGCGCCUACUACCCGCCGCCGCACGCCUUCCCAGGCAUGCGCGGCGGCAGGGGCAUGCGCGGGCGCGGCCGGUUCGGCGGCGGGCGGGGAGAGGGUGGUGAGGGCGGGGAGCCCAGCGGCCUGCAGGUGGUGGUGCACAACCUUCCCUGGUCGUGCACGUGGCAGCAGCUGAAGGACACCUUCCGGGAGUGGCGGGUGGAGCGGGCAGACAUCGUGCUCGACGCCUGGGGCAAGAGCAGGGGCUUUGGCACGGUGCGCUUCACGACGCGGGAGGACGCGGACGCCGCCAUCGAGAAGCUCAACAACUCGGACUUUGAGGGCCGCACCAUCACCGUGCGACUCGACCGCUACGCCUGA